UGUGGGUUCGGCCGCUUGGUGGCGCAUGCGCAGUGGUUCGCUGUGGUGACAGUGGAGAGAGGCUGCAAAGAUGGCGGACGUUGAAGAAACUUUAAAGAGGAUCCAGGGACAGAAGGGAGUGCAAGGAAUUAUUAUUGUAAAUUCAGAAGGCAUCCCAAUUAAAAGUACAAUGGAUAAUGCAACCACAGUGCAAUAUGCUGGUCUAAUGCACCAACUCGCAAUCAAAGCACGCUGCUCAGUGCGAGAUAUUGACCCUCAAAAUGAUCUGACAUUCUUCCGGAUUCGGUGCAAGAAAAAUGAGAUAAUGGUUGCUCCAGAUAAAGAUUACAUCCUAAUUGUUAUUCAGCAGCUAACCGAAUGAUUGCAUCGUCCUGUCCAUACAGCAUAUAUUGACUUGUAUAGCGGAUAUGUGUAGGCAACAUUCCUUAUUCUCCAGGCUCUCUGGAGCAC